AUGAGCGCCGAAAAACGAAGACUGGUGGAGGAGUUGCACGCGCCCGCGAGAAGAAACUUCCCGCGUCGCGGUGCGCGGGUACGACGACCUAUGGCAGGCGGAUAUGGUCGAGAUGCGUCCUUACGCGAGACUCAACAAAGGCCACAACUACAUACUCACCGUUAUCGACGCGUUGAGCAAACCGAUAAAGAAAAAGAAUUCUACAACGCCGAGGUGCGAAAGUUCGCGGAGAAGCAUAGGGUGAAUCAUUACUCGAUGUACUCGGUGAUGAAAGCGUCGAUCGUCGAGAGAUUCAAUCGCACGCUUAAGAAUUCCAUGUGGAAGUAUUUCACGUUAAACGGAACGUACAAGUGGAUCGACGCGCUACCUCGUCUCGUGAAAGAGUACAACGCGCGAAAGCAUCGCACUAUCGGUAUGAGACCCGUCGAUGUGACUCCCGCGAUCGCCGAUAAACUUUUAAACACGGUAUACAGCAAUAUAAAGAUAGCCGCUCCCGCCAAAUUUAAGCCGAUCGAUCCGGUACGCGUCAGCAAAUUUAAGACGAUCUUCGAGAAAGGUUUCACGCCCAAUUGGACCACCGAGAUAUUUCGAAUAACCAAGGUACAACGAACCAAUCCAGUGACGUAUCUAUUAAAAGAUUCGCGAAACGAACCGAUCGCCAGAGGAUUCUACGAACACGAGUUGCUUCGCGUCUCCGAUGUAUAUUUCGUAGAGAAGGUGCUGCGUCGAAGGGGCGACAAGGUUUACGUGAAAUUGUUGGGGAUGGAUGAAACGCACAAUUCCUGGAUGAACAAAGCAGCCAUAUUACGAUAA